AUUCGGCUUCACAAAAUGGCGGCGGUGGCGGCGGCAACGUGUAAAAGACGCGCCGCUCCCUUUGCUCGUGACGUCACGUCGGCGACUGCAGCGGAGCCGAAGUCUGAGUCUUGGCAGCGGCGGCGGCUGAGAAUGGAGCUUGUCGGCGGCCGGCGGGACCCGGAUGUGGCCAGAAAGCAGUUUCUGGACCUGCCCUGGGAAGAUGUCCUCAUUCCCCACAUUCUCUCAUUUCUCCCUCUGAGGCAACUCUUGAGCCUACAAAGAGUCAGCAAGGCAUUCCAGUCGCUCAUUCAGCUUUAUCUCACCAAUAUGCGCUGCUUUGAUUCGAGCCAGGUUGGAGCCCACAUUCCAAAAGCUGCAUUCUGUAUUCUGCUGAAAGAUAAUGAGGUGCUGCAACAACUUUCUGUGCAGAACUGUUCUGACUGGCUAUCAGACAAGGAGCUUCUGCCUAUUAUUGGCCAAAACCACCACUUGCAACAUAUUGACUUGAGUGGUUGCGCGCAGCUGAGCAGGCAUGCUCUGGUGGCUAUUUCUCUGAGCUGCCCCAAUUUACGCCGGCUCUCUCUGGCCCAUUGCGAGUGGGUGGACAGUCUCUCUUUGCGGAGCCUGGCUGACCACUGUAAGGAGCUUGAAUCUCUGGAUCUUACAGCCUGCCGGCAGCUGAAAGAUGAAGCCAUCUGCUACCUUGCCCAGAGGUGCCACAAACUGAAAUCCCUCUCAUUGGCUGUUAAUGCAAAUGUUGGUGAUGUAGCAGUAGAGGAGGUUGCCAAAGCCUGUCCUGAGCUGGAGCACCUUGAUCUUACAGGCUGCCUGCGGGUCAAGAACAACGGCAUUAGGACUGUGGCAGAAUAUUGCCCAAAGCUACGGGCUUUGAAGGUGAAGCACUGUCAUGACGUGGUGGAAUCCAGCCUAAGCAUCUUGCGCAAUCGUGGUGUGGAGCUAGAUGUGGAAUUUCCACUGCAGCGUGCCCUAGUUCACUUGCAGGAUGUUGUGGGCUUUGCGCCGUUUAUUAAUCUUCAGAUCUAAUGAGAGUACAAUUCAGUGGUGCUUGGAGACUGUCUGCAUCUAGAACUGUCAGAACUUCUGCUGAAAAGCCCACAAGGCAGAGGGUUCCAGUUCCAUCACUGUAUCGGGCUACAAAGACUCCUUGUAGGAGACUGUGUGUGCUGCAAAAACAAACUUAGUUGUAUUAUGAUGGACUGAGUGUGACUACUAUAUGCAUGAAGAUUCAUUCUGGUUAACUGAUAAUACAAUAUAUAUGACUAGGGAUGGGUGCUGAGUUUGUUACUAUUGAAGUGGAAGCAAACUACAAACAGUCGCAUAGGUGCUAAUGUUGUUUUACUCAGUUUUAUGUGGGUCUCCACAGAUAAGUGCAAAUCACUUUGGGGAAAAUGGUAGAAAUCGAAUCUGAAGCACAGCUCACUAGUUUGUUAGCAGGCAACAUUUGUUUGAAUUUUCUGCUUUGAAUUGAGAGCUGGAGUUUGCCUGCUGAAACUUCCUACAGUAUUGAAAAAAGGUCUUUUAUUUACCUCUGCAGUUCCCUGUUUUUGUGUGUAGGGCAGAAUAAUAGAUGUUCAUGCAUUCUAGAGUACUGAAAGAUUUCAGACCUCAAUAUUGUUCUGCUUUUAAAAGUACAAGAAACACACUUCUGUCCCGGUGUGUUGUGUCACAUGUUCCCUUUGUCACUGAUGAAGAUGGCCAUGUGUGAGCUGCAGACCAAAAAUAAGCCCAUUUGAGGUAGAAUUUUACUUAGAAAGUACAGUUACAGGUUACUACAGCUAGACAUCGCCGGUACUGACCACUUCUGAAAGAUGACACCAUAUAGUGUCUGAGCGAAGCUAAUAGAACUAGUAUUCAAAAUGCAGGAAAUCAGCUGGAUUCUAAAAUCCUAAAGGGAAGCACAAUAAUGGAUAUUAUUUUCACUUUCUGGUAGACGAACAUGAUCACAUUAUGUAUACCUUUUAACACUGUUUGGACACUUAUUAUAAAACAAGUAAACCCUUGUGAAGAAGAGUACAUAGACAUUUGUGGUGGCAGCAGCAUCUACCUUAAUUACUGUAGAUUCUGUCUCUAUACAAGAGGCCAGGCUGAAGCUAAAUUUCCACCUGGAAAGCUCCAUGUCACAGAUUAGUAAGACAUUGUCCUAGCUCAGUGGUUUUCAAACUAUGGGUCCCCUGAUGUUUUGGCCUACAACUCUCAGAAAUCUCAGCCAGUUUACCAGCUAUUGGGAUUUCUUGGAGUUGAAGGCCAAAACAACUGGAUACCCACAGGUUGAGAACCACUGUUAUAUUGCAUCGUUGCACAGGAUGCUAACAUAGCUGAACUACUUUUACUCUACCUGUACAUAGGGAAUUCUGCUGUUGCAGUAGUGUAUCAUUCCUCAAUAUUUUCUAAUCUAGACACACUAGCUCCCCGAAUUGUUCUUCAUAAGACUUGCUUUCCAGACCUUUCACCAUUUGGUUUCCCACAUCUGGACACAUUCUGUUCCCAGAACUGCGCUAUAUUCCAGUAUAUCUUUGUUUAUUCAAAAGACGAUGUAUCCUAUGUGAAUUCUUCUUUGGACAGAAUGCAGAUAUACUUCAUAUAAUGAAUUCAGAGACAUAGCUGGACCAGUAUGCUGAGGGCUCUUGUAGCACCUUUGAGAUUUUUGUUUGUUUGCUUUUGAAAUAUUAGACUGCUUCCUUACUACCUAACCCUCUUCUCUCUGGAAAUGCUAUAGCCUGGAACCUAGAACUUAAGUAUGGUAGAACACUGGAUUUUUGAAGAACAACCUGGUUAUUACUAUGAACUUGAAAGGCUGUUGCAGAUGGCUUGCAUUUUCUGAACACCAGUGACUACCUGUAAAUUUUUGUUCGUGGAAGGCUUUAUAUGACAUUUGCUGAUCUGGGGGAUUUAGAUAACAUUAAGGUUUGAGGAACAUCCAUAGUAAAAUCCUUUAGAUGGAAUAGAAAAUCUCAGUGUAUUUGGCCAUUUGGAGCUGUUACUGUAAGUGAAGUCUGUCUUAAUGUAGAAUGCCUCUAAUUUAUGCCAGUAAAUGCUCAGUGCUAGAAUUAUGAGCUAGUCAUUGGCGUCAGAAAUGCAGCUGCCCAAUAAAUUGGCUCUAGUAGCACUUAUCCCCUUCGCUGUGAAGAUUUCUGUGGGUUAAACUCAUGCUUCUCAUCUGUUGGACCUAAGGCUAGUAUAAAUAGCAGACUAAAUAAAAUUCUAGUUACACCAAAGGUAGAUCUAUUUAAAUAAAUAAAUCUUGCAGUAGUGCUGUCUUGAUAGCUUGGGUUCUUUUCAGUGGAUCUGCUUUAGUUGAACCGAAAAUAGAUUAAGUCCAGUGACAUGAACUAAGGUAGAUUAGUUUUCCUCUGCUCCCACAAUCUACUUUGCAUAGGUUGUAACGACUUAUCUCCUUAUUGUGUGCUGGCAUGCAUAUUUUAAUUAUAUUUGUUAUUAUUUCUGUGAGACCUAAGCACUGCAUGACAAAAGUGCCCUCAGACACUUGUGAGGAUUUUUUCAGAUUCUAAUCUUAGUAAGAAAAGACAUCUCCUUCAUCCAAAAUACUUUUGUUAGGUCAUGAACCUGAAUGCCAAAGUACGAAGGUCAUAAGGUACCACCAUAACUUCAGGUCAACUUUGACUUCAGUGCAGUUCACAACCUGCCUGCCUUAGGGGGUACCUGAGUGUUUAUUUUUAAGAGGUUAACUGUUACUUGAAGCUCAUGUGUUGCUUAUUUUAGAGAUGCCCCUCCCAGCAAAUUAUUCCUGGGCAAACAGUUCUGAAAAACUUCAGAUUUCCUCUGGGUGUAGGCCAUGAAAGCUUAGGCCAGAUAUACUGCAAGUUAAUGGAGAGGGGCAGUGCCUUCUGAAAGACUUAGGGGAUUCACUUAGUUUCGUUGCAAUGUUAUGUGCUGAACAAAUUUCUUUGUGUCCAAUGCAAUAGACAAUUCCUUCAUGGGAAGGGAGCAGAAAAGAAAUGACGAUAAUUUGACUGGGCUGAUAGUCAAAUGUGAAACCUUUGAAAAAAAUAGAAUCAAUUGUAUUAGUUUUGAUGAACCAAUACUUGAAACUGGCUGCUGUACUUCAGUUUGUUAAAUCUGUAUCAAGAAAUAAUGGAAAUCAAAUAAAUAGAAUCUUGUCCAUCUUUGUGGCAACAUCAGUGAA